GUUGAGAAACCAAAUAUCAUCCUAUCUUGAUGUGCCGGCACUGUGCGCUCAGCGAGCCACAGCUCGUGAGAACUACUCACCGAAGGCUUUUGUUGCUCACCUUGUGCAGCUUGUCCGACCUGAAACGCUUGAUGUAAUCGUGGCAUGUGCAGAUAUCAUUCACAACAACGAGCCAGAGAAGAUUCGAUCGCGGGAGUGCUUGCAAGCGUUUGCUCGGGAACGCUUUCAACUCUUCGCGCGGUUUCGAGGUGCCAUGUGCAUCUUCGACGCCGGCGCACCGGCUUUUCGACUAUGGUGGGCGAGCAACCCUGGAGCAAUCACCCACUUGUUGACCUGCUGGAUAGAACACAACAAUUCAUUGGACCCAAGGGGGCAAGCGAUAGUUCUCGGAGCUUCGCUGAAUGUCUUCAACGAUUUGGACUGGGGUGCAUUGCGUCUCAAGCAAAUGUUUGCUGCAGAAAUCAUUCGAUUGGAAACUGAGAGCCACCACCCGGGUGUGCAAAAACACGUGGCUAAAAUUUUGCAUCGGUUCCCGGAGAUCCGAUCAUUGGCCUGCGCAGCAAGUGCCCCAGACAAAGGUGCUGGCGCGCUACGCAAGCCGGUGCGGUGCGGCUGCUUCAAAUUGGAGCUUCCUGGGACCUUCGCAGCCUACUUCUGCACCUUUCAGCUUCGCCCGCUGCAGCGAGACAAAAGCUCGUGCGUUCCUGGCACCACCUCUCCUCGAUCUACUCUGUUUCCCGCAUCCUCCCUCUUCCUCUCCUUCUUCUUCGCACCCACCUUCGCACUCCCCUGGCUUUCGUUCCUCCCUUCUCAGGUAGUUGAGGCAGAAACGAAUGUCUCGGCUUUGAUCCAGGAAGCAGAACCGAAGCUUCCUUCGGUUGCAGUCAGUCAGCCUCUGGUGGCUUUUCCACAGUGGCUCCUCGCAGCUGGGACCUGUCGUGGCUGUCACCGUUGUGUGGCCCUGAUGAAACCUAGUGAUUCCGAAGCCGACAAGGCCUUCUACAAGUUCCACAACUUCUACAAGUUCCACAACAACGGAGAAACCAAAAACGACCACAACGGAGAGUUCCACCAGCUCCACAUCCAGCGGCUCCACGACUUCGACCACAGCAACGACGACAAAGUGCCAUGUGCAUCUUCGACGCCGGCGCACCGGCUUUUCGACUAUGGUGGGCGAGAAGUUCUAAUGCUCUCAAUUGCAAAGGGUGUCUUCGAGAAUCUGGAUGCCGAGUGUGGCAAACAGACGUUUGCUUCAGAAGUCGUGCGAUUGGAGUCUGAGAGCCGUGUGAAGUUUGUACAAGAAGUCGCAGGCACUGUUCGAGCUCGCAACCACAAGAAAGAACAUGGAAAGCACGGAAAACUCGUUUGCUUGACGCAAGAACUUACUGUGCGAAAACUUGGCUCACGACCUGCGAAAUCUGUGGGUCAGAAACCAGGCCAAGAUCGAAUCAAAUAUUUGGAAGAGCAACUGCAAGCUGCACAGGUUGACGAGGAGACGGAGCCAGACAGCACAGACGUUCCUACUGAUGAUUCCUCUGGUGAUGAGGCUACUGAGUCGGAAAGCUCCGACACACACGGCACGUCUGAGGCACUGGUGAAGCUCCUUGAGGUCUUCAUACUCAGUUGCCGGAACGGCGUUGCGAAAUCAAAGGACCUAGAGGCUGUGUUUGAUGCACCAGAAGCCCUGCAUGAGGACCCUUCAGCAUUCUCAGAUCACGUUUCACCUUGUGGUGCCGAGAGCCAAAGGAUUGAACAGAGGCAAACUGACUCGUCGACAGCCUCAAAAGCUGCUGCCAUACGGCUGACCCCGGCAUUGCCUGAGGACUUGCCGGAACCACCCUUGGCUCCCCUCGAAGACGCAGAUGACAAGGAAGAGGAAGAUGACAAGGUUGAUGAGAAGGAGACGUCGAAGCAGCAAAGGCUUUCUAUUGGUUCGCAAGACUCAGACAGAUCGGACAGCACGAAGAUUCCUAGUGACGAUGGUUCGUUUGGCGAUGAGGCGACUGCGACGGAAAGCUCACAGCGCACAUUGGAGGACUUGCCGGAACCACCCUUGGCUCCCCUCGAAGAGGAAGAUGACAAGGAAGAGGCAGAUGACAAGGUUGAUGAGAAGGAGACGUCGAAACAGCAAAGGCUUUCUAUUGGUUCGCAAGACUCGGACAGAUCGGACAGCACGAAGAUUCCUAGUGACGAUGGUUCGUUUGGCGAUGAGGCGACUGCGACGGAAAGCUCCGACAUACAGGGCACAUCUGAGGUACCCGAGGAAAACAAGCGCGUAUAUCUUGGGAGGACUUCUGGAUACGAUAAGGCUGAGAUCCUCCUUGAGCAAUGCAGCAGCGGUGCUGCAAGUGAAGGUGUGGCCCUGAUGAAACCUAGUGAUUCCGAAGCCGACAAGGCCUUUGCAUCUGGUGCCCCAAGGAAGCCAGCGCAACUUUCUGCUGAUUUCUGGCUUCCUGA